CCCUGCCCUGUGUGGUGAGCAUGUUAGUCUAUCCAGGCUGGAUUCGCUUCAAAAAAGGGGAGGAAAAUAAUCCAGACGGGGCAGAGAGAAGAAGAAGAAGAAGUAGAAGUAGAAGAAGAAGAAGUUUUCCCCCUGUCUGGAACACCGAAGAGAAGGGUUGAGGAGAAGGAGACGGAGGAGUGCGGGAUCAGUCCUCCCGAUCAGGACCACACGUUAUGGACGCUUUAAAAUCGGCGGGCCGGGCGAUAAUCCGGAGUCCCAGCAUCGCCAAGCAGUCCUGGGGUUCAGGAAGACAUAAAAAGCUCCCGGAGAACUGGACGGACACGCGCGAGACCCUGUUGGAAGGCAUGGCGUUCCAGCUGAAGUAUCUUGGCGUCACGCUGGUCGAGCAGCCGAAAGGAGAGGAGCUGUCAGCCGCCGCAGUCAAAAGGAUUGUUGCCACGGCCAAAGCCAGUGGGAAGAAGCUCCAGAAGGUCAUGUUGAAGGUUUCUCCAAGAGGGAUCAUCCUGUACGACAGCACCUCAAAUCAGCUGAUAGAAAACGUCUCCAUUUACAGGAUCUCGUACUGCACUGCUGAUAAGAUGCACGAUAAGGUGUUUGCGUACAUCGCUCAGAGCCAGCGCAAUGAGACGCUCGAGUGCCAUGCCUUCCUCUGCACCAAAAAGAAAGUGGCACAGGCGGUGACAUUAACGGUAGCGCAGGCCUUUAAAGUGGCCUUUGAGUUUUGGCAGAACUCCAAGGAAGAGAAAGAGAAGCGCGUAAAGUCAGACUUGGUUGGACCCAGCAACUCGCAGUCACAGAAUUCAGAAAGUGUGGAAGAAGGAGAAGUGGCUACAGGGAAUCUGUUAAACUUAGAGGAAGGUGCAGUUAUACAUUCAGGACCUGAUGAUGAUGCACAUACAGCACAGAGCAUCAACACAGAUAACAACAACAUUGUUUGGGAGCUUGAGGACGGCCUGGAUGAAGCGUUCUCAAGACUCGCUGAGUGUCGCGCUAACCCCCAGGUCCUGGACACUGGGCUAAACCCUCAGGACUAUAACGCUGACGAGUGCCUGUCACCCUGCAACUGGGAGCCGAUUGAAAGUUGGAAAGCCGAUGGCGAGGCCCCUGACGGCGAGGAUGCGUUCGGCUUCUGAAAGCACAAGAGAGGAUGGUGGAUGGAAAGGUGAAAAAGGGAAAGGGGACGAUCGUGUCGCUGAUGGAUGGACAGGACUGAGUGGAAACUAAACAGAUGCUGUGUUGUCAUCAGAAUACACGAACUGCACAGACCAAAGCAAUAAUUAUACUUUAUUUCAGUGAGCGGUAUUUGGCUUUAGUCUGCUUUUGUAUUAUGAUGCUUUCUGUUACAGUCAGUUUUGUAUUUUUGAUUGCUCUCAUUUUUUUGUGUGUGUGUAUAAGCUAUAUGAAAUACAUGUAUGAUAAUUACAUCAAUGAGAACUGCGUGUAAUUCGGAUAUGUAUAAAUUUUUUGAGCGGUUCAGGUCAGCUUUGCGAAUUCGGCUAUGCAGUAUAACACUGUAAUGUUCUCUCAUUUAGAGACAUUGACACCACUUGGGUUGUUACUUAACAUUUUAAGGUAUCUGUGUGCUGAGGGUAGAAUGUGGUGUGUAUGACCCAUCUCUUAUGAUCAGACAUGUAUGAUCUUAUGAUGACACUGCUUAUAUGACAGGGUGCUUGUUUUUGCUUUUCAGCUUGGCAGUUUUUACAGCUCUUCAGCAUUUCGGACAACCAAACGUAUGCGGCGAGAGUUUAUAUUGAAGACAAUCUUUUCUUAUAUUUUCUAUUGGAAAUGUAUUUUUGUACUCCCUUCCAAGAAUCUUUUCAAAGCACACGGUUUAAUUUCAGGGAAAUAAUUUUCAUGACUAAAGGAUUUAUGGUUUAUCCGUGUGCGUUUUGCCCAAAUUAAACGGUUAGGUCAUGUUCCUUAUAAGGCCAUUACUUAAGGAAUGUAUGCUCGCUGUGUAUAACUUUCCUACUUUUUUUUUUAUUUAUUUAUUUUAUCAUUUUAUUAUUUCAUUUGCUUGGUUUUACAUGCCUCUGCCUCAUUGGGUUUUGGACUUUUUUUUUUUUUUUUUAACUCUAGCUCACCUCUCAGUGUUAAACAUUGCAAUUGUUUAGAUUUACCUUUUCUCAUUUCAGUGCUCAGUUUUUUUGACUGCAUAACAUAAUACAUUUUUGUAUUAAAGACCAUAACCUGCCA